AUGGCAACCUCAUCAAGCGACGAUUUCUCAGUACUUGUACUAGCAUCAGAUUUAGGCAUAGAUGCAAGACCCUUUUUAACAAACAAAGAAAGAGAACAAAACCAGGAAAACCCAGAACCUGAAAAGUGGCAUGACUGCUCUCAGGAUUUUAUUUCAGAUGAAGAUUUCUCUGAUCUUGAUCUCUUGCAGUUCUUUAGCCUUCAAGGAUCUGAUAAGUUUGGAAACCCUAUCCUUCGUAUUGUGGGCAAGUACUUUCCUGCUCAAGUAGUGAGUGGGGAACGACUGAAAAAGUACAUUUUCCAUAAGAUGUGCAGUCAGUUGCCUGAAGGACCUUUCUGCAUUGUUUACAUGCACAGUACUGUGCAAAAGGAGGACAAUUCACCAGGUGUAACUAUCUUGAGGUGGAUUUAUGAAGAUCUUCCUGCUGACUACAAGGAUAGGCUUCGAAGUGUGUACUUCAUUCACCCAGGGCUACGCUCAAGGCUUGUCUUUGCAACAGUUGGUCGAUUCUUCUUGAGUGGAGGCUUAUAUUGGAAGAUCAAGUAUGUGAGCCGCCUUCAGUACCUUUGGGAAGACAUUAAGAAAGGAGAGGUUGAGAUCCCUGAAUUCGUGCAAAAUCAUGACAAUAUUCUUGAGAGCAGACCCCUGACGGAUUAUGGCAUUGAACCAGACCCUCUUCACUUAAGUGAGAUGCCUAUGACAGCCUACUCAUUUGGGAGGUAUGAAGAAAGAUGGUCAAGGGAAUUCGCAUCAUAG